GUAGCAUACAUGCAUAAUAUAUCGAUUCAUAUUUGUUUCAUAUUCGUCAAUUGCAUAUUUGUUCCCUUUUCUCUUUUACGCGCGAAGGUAAGACACGUAUCCAUCACAAAAUAUCGCAUAUCUAGAUAGAUCAAAGUGAUUGUCUUCAAGUACUAGUUACCGCGUGACAAAGAAUCGAGAAAAUAGAAAUUGACAAGGAAAUAUUGCUAUGCCAGCUGAACGAUACACAGACGUAUCCAUCAAAAUGUCAGAAUUUCUGCUAAAAAUCACAGGUCUCUCGAGAACGACGAACAGCGCCGAGGAGAUCAGGAGGAAAUUGACGAUAGUCUAUACCAUCGUUGCACUCGUUUAUGGAGUGUACGUGAACGUAGUGGAUAUUUACCACAAUAUGGAUAAUUUAGACCACUGUAUCUUUUUGGCUUCCAACACAUUGAACAUAGUAUUGGCAAUGUUCAAACUUUCGGUAAUAAACUUUUAUAAAACAGAAUUUUCGGAUAUGAUCGUAUAUGCGCAAAAGCAUUUCUGGCAUUUCAAUUAUGACGACAAUGACAAGAUACUUUUCGCGGAGUGCGGAAGAUUUUGCAAACUGUGGACAGUAUUUCUAUUCUUUGUUACACAAACCGCCUUGUCUUUCUAUGCAGUAGUGCCAAUCUCCGCGAAUAUUGGAAACAAUAAUUCAGAGAGGUUGCUUCCAUUCAAAAUGUGGGUCAAUCUACCGCUAACUGUGACACCUUAUUACGAAAUAAUGUUUGCUAUCGAGUUACUGGCCGUACAACAAAUUGGCGCGAGCUAUAUAUGCCCCGACAACUUCUUAUGCGUGCUAAAUCUACACGUGGUCUACCAAUUUCGUAUGCUGCAGAACACGUUAGUGAAUCUAUGGUCGAACAUCGACGAACGAACAGAUAUCGUCGAGUACUCGAACAAAUGCUACGUAAUGUUGAAAAAAUGCAUCCGAAAACAUCAAUCGUUGAUCGAAUUCAGCGCUAAACUCGACGACAUUUACACACUGCCGAUCCUCAGCCACAUGGUUAUCUUUAGCGUGCUGAUGUGUUUCGACACGUACGAGGUCAUUCUGGCGGACGUAUCUCCCGGGACACGACUUAUUUUCUUCUUCCACAUGAUUGGUAGUUUUACCCACAUCAUUUUUUUCACGUAUAUCUGCAAUGGUUUAGUAGAGGAAAGCACGAAUAUUAGCACGGCAUCGUACUCGGGAUGGUGGACGAUUCUGCCAAUGACCGAAACAGGCAGGAAGAUACGAAAGGAUACGAGGAUAAUGAUUAUGAAAUCGAUGCGACCGUGUUAUCUGUCCGCAGGAGGAUUCUUUCCUGUCACUUUGGAAACAUCUACCGCGGUAUGCAGCAAUUUCUUUCUUUUAAUCCCAUUUACUCUAAAAAUGACAUUUUGGAAUCCGGUAAGAUAUGUAACUGUUUUUUGUCCUUAAAUAAGCAAAAUUUCAAUAUAAAUCAUGUAUGUGGUAUCUUGCAACGUAAAUUUUACUUACGAUAUUGUACGCGUCAUAUUUUUACAUUUCUGCUUAUUACGUACACGUUUUUACAUAUCUGUAAUUAUAAUAGAAUACGUAUGUACAUGGAAAAUUAUAAAACAUCUUGACAAAAUUUCUUGUUACAGCUUAUAAGCUCGACAAUGUCAUAC